AUGAAUCUGCUGCUAGAAUUAAAUUUCAAACAGAAAAAUGCCACCAGAUUUUUUACAGUUCUGGGUGGUUUCCUUAUAUUUCUGCUCAUCAAAGACAACGCCAAAUUAAGUUUGGGCUUGGGCGCCAUAAUGGCUCUGAUGUUACGAAAUCCCACCUUUGUGUAUGCCUUAGUGCAUACCGUGCCAAGAGAUACUGUGGCUGGUUAUCGUUUUAUAAAAAUGAACAUUUUCAUCUUACUUAUGGAAUGGAAAAAAUGGUCUAUGGCAAGAAUAUUCCAAGAGAACUGCAGGAAACAUCCUGAAAAAGCUUGCUUCGUAAUUGAUGAUCGCCGUCUGACAUUUCAAGAUGUUGAAGAUUAUAGCAAUAAAAUUGGUGGUUACUUUAAGGAUAAGGGGCUGCGUAAAGGUGAUUGUGUAGCUCUGCUAAUGGAAGGACGUCCGGAAUAUCCUGCAAUAUGGUUGGGCCUGUCCAAAAUUGGUGUAGUAACAGCUUUAAUUAAUUCCAAUCUGAGACGGGAUACUCUCAUCCAUUCUCUCAAAGUGGCCAAUUCGAAGGCCAUAAUUGUUGGCACCGAAUUGGUGGAGGUUCUAAAAGAAGUUAUCGAUAAUGAAGAUUUGCGUUCACUGCAAAUCUAUCAAUUUAGUGAUGAGGAACAGCGGACAAAUGAUAAUUUGGUUUUGAUGAAGGGUGCUGUGGACUUGACGGGAGAUUUGAAAUAUCAAAAACCUGAAAAUCUUUCGAUGUACAUAAAUGAUUGCCAGCCAAAGGAUAAACUUUUGUAUAUUUAUACCUCGGGUACAACAGGACUACCUAAAGCGGCUGUUAUAACAAACCAAAGAUAUCUCUUUAUGAGUACGGCAACCUAUCAUAUGGUUGCAAUUACCCCCAACGAUAUUAUUUACAAUGCCCUGCCACUUUAUCACACUGCCGGCGGUGUGGUAGGAGUGGGUAUUGCCCUAAUUCACGGAAGUACAAUAGCUUUGCGCAAGAAGUUCUCAGUUUCACAAUUCUGGAAAGAUUGUAUUAAAUAUAAGGCCACAUGUGCCCAAUAUAUUGGUGAGCUAUGUCGUUACCUAUUGACGGCUCCAUCGAAACCCGAAGAUACUCAACACAGCUUGCGGAUUAUGUAUGGCAAUGGCUUGAGGGAACAAAUAUGGUCACAGUUUACAACACGUUUCAAUAUACCUAAUAUUGCUGAGCUCUACGGUUCGACGGAGGGCAACUCGAAUUUGGCCAAUGUUAGCAAUCAAGUAGGAGCCGUCGGAUUUAUCCCCAUGGCCAUACGCCAUAUUACCCACCUUCAAGUGAUACGUGUGGACGAGGAGACCGGAGAACCCAUACGCAAUUCGAAAGGUUUCUGUAUACGUUGUAAUCCUGGUGAAACUGGUCUACUGAUUGGUAGAAUUGAUGCCCGUAACGCCUUGACCACAUAUAAUGGUUAUGCCGAUCGAGGAGCUUCGGAAAAGAAACUUUUACACAAUGUUUUCAAAAAAGGCGAUGUCUUCUUUAAUUCCGGUGAUAUGUUAGUGGGUGACCUAUUGAAUUAUUACUAUUUCAAAGAUCGUACAGGCGAUACAUUCCGUUGGCGUGGUGAGAAUGUCUCAACGCAGGAAGUUGAGGGUAUUAUAACAAGUGUGAUAGGCUUGCAGGAUUGUGUGGUGUAUGGUGUGGAGAUUCCCCACGUUGAAGGUAAAGCCGGAAUGGCUGCCAUUGAAGAUCCUGAUCGUAAAAUCGAUUUUCAACAUUUAUCUGUGGGUAUACGCGCAAGUUUGCCAACCUAUGCGAGACCCUUGUUUGUUCGCGUCAUGGACCAAAUACCCCGAACCUCAACCUUUAAGAUGAAAAAACGUGAACUCAUGUUGGAAGGAUUUAAUAUUGAAAAAUUCAAGGAUCCUUUGUACUACCUCAAUAGCGAUGGUAUUUAUCGCCCAAUAACCCAACAACAAUUCGAAGCCUUAAAGAAUGGUACAGCCGGAUUAUGA